AUUAUUAUUAUUCGUCUCGCAGUGCACGCUCCACACCGCGUUAAGCGUUUAUCAGGUUACCAAAAGUCUUACAACUUUACAGUUCAUAGCUCUAUCUACUGUUGCCGUGUUUCGUACGACGAUAAGAGGUUUUUCAAUUUCAGAUUUUCACACUGCGGUUUCGGCAAUCCUCACAAGACACAGUAAUAUCGUUCGUCGUCUCAACGUGGUGUCGACUGUCAGCGUGCACCAAACACCGGUACAUCGCGUCCAGUUUUCAACGGACUACGGUGAGAGGCCUGAGCACCAUGAGCGAAUCAUUCUCCAACGGUUGUGAACAGGAAGCGCUAAAGUUCGCCAGUCACCUGUCACCGACCAAGAUUGGCAUGCUCGCCCCGAGCCCGAUAGUGACCAGACGGACAAGAACUGAUUCAACGUCUGCUCUUGCUCUCAAGAAUCCGCAAAUAUCUGGAAAGGUCAAGUACUUUUGCAAAUCUAAAGGACACGGUUUUAUCACUCCAGAUAAUGGUGAUCCAGACACGUUCGUACAUAUAUCAGAUAUUGAAGGAGAAUUUGUUCCGUUACCUGGCGAUCAAGUACACUAUCGUCUAUGCCCUAUUCCUCCAAAACUAGAAAAGUUCCAAGCCGUACAUGUGGAAAUUGUUAAUCUAACACCUCAAGUACAUUUAAAAUGGGAUGCUCCAGAAAACAAUUAAAUACUUUAUAAUAUUUUAGUGAUCAUUUGUACACAAAUAUGUCCAUUAAUGUGUGAUGUUUUGCAAAUAUCUAAACCUUCAUUAAAACUGGUACAUUCCAAUUGUCCAUGCUCUAUAAUAUAACGAAGAGACUUUAUCAGUUUUACUGAUAUAUUUUUUUUUUUGAUUUUAGCUAAGUGCCAAAAUAAAAUAAUCCAUCUAAUUAUACAUAA